AUGGCCAUUGCUGAUAUAGCUACGUGGGUAUAUUCCGAGUUCAGGGGCCUCCCAGUUUCGGCUCAGAUAUCCAUUGUGGUUCUAUUCCCCUUCGUUUACAACCUUCUUUGCCAAUUUUGGUAUUCUUUGCAAAAAGAUAGAGCACCUCUCGUUUUCCACUGGGUGCCAUGGUUGGGUUCGUCAGUCGUUUAUUCAAUGCAACCUUAUGAGUUUUUUGAAAGUUGUCGCCAGAAGUAUGGAGAUGUGUUUUCGUUUGUUAUGGUGGGCCGCGUGAUGACUGUAUACCUUGGUCCUAAAGGACACGAAUUUGUGUUUAAUUCCAAGGCUACUGAUGUGAGUGCUGAAGAUGCUUACACCCAUUUAACCACACCAGUGUUUGGUAAGGGUGUGAUCUAUGACUGUCCCAACUCCCGGUUGAUGGAACAGAAAAAGUUUGCCAAGUUUGCUUUGACUAAGGACUCGUUCAUCAAGUAUGUGCCUAAAAUUCAAGAUGAAGUGUUGUCGUAUUUCGUCGAACAUGAUUUCAAGAUGAAGGAAAAGGACAGUGGUGUUGUCAACGUGAUGAAAACUCAGCCAGAAAUUACCAUUUUCACCGCUUCUCGGUCGUUGAUGGGCGAUGAGAUGAGAAAACGGUUCGACACUUCGUUUGCUCAAUUGUACUCGGACCUCGACAAGGGUUUCCACCCUAUCCAUUUCGCGUUCCCUCACCUUCCAUUGCCCAUGUCUCGUAACAGAGACAGGGCUCAGCAAAAAAUCUCUGCUACUUACAAAGGCUUGAUUGACACUAGACGAUCAAGUGGUAACAUCGACCCUACUAGAGACCUUAUCGACUCGCUCAUGGCCACCAGUACAUAUAAGGAUGGUGUGAAGAUGACUGACCAGGAAAUUGCCAAUCUUUUGAUUGGAAUCUUGAUGGGUGGUCAGCAUACCAGUGCUGCUACUUCUGCUUGGUUUUUGUUGCAUUUGGGUGAAAGACCCGAUCUCCAAGAGGAAAUGUACAAAGAAAUCUGCGGUGUGUUCGAGAAAAAGAACAAGAGCUUUAAGGAUUUGUCUUACGAUGAUUUGCAAGAAAUGCCACUUGUGAACAAUGUAAUCAAGGAAACCCUUCGUAUGCAUAUGCCUUUGCACUCCAUUUUCCGGAAGGUUAAAAAGCCGUUAUUGGUUCCAGGAACCAAGUACACCGUUCCAAAGGGUCACUAUGUGAUGGUGUCCCCCGGUUAUGCCAUGGUAAAUGAUCGUUGGUUCCCCGAUGCCGCUUCCUUCAACCCACGUAGAUGGGAUGAACAACCACUUCCUACUGACGGCCAAGAUGAGACUGUGGACUAUGGAUUCGGAAAUAUCUCCAAGGGUGUUUCCUCUCCCUACUUGCCAUUCGGUGGAGGCAGACACCGUUGUAUUGGAGAACAAUUCGCUUACGUCCAGUUGGGUACGAUCUUAGCAUCCUACGUCUACAAUGUCACCUGGGAAUUAAAAGAUAAAUUGCCCGGUGUCGAUUACGCCUCGAUGGUGACGUUGCCCCUUGAGCCUGCGGACAUCGUGUGGAAAAAACGCCGUACUUGUGUUUUUUAG